AUGGAGGGAGAAAGAAGGAAGAGAAAAAUAGAGAAUGAAGAAGAAAAUGAGGAGCAGAAGAUUGAAAAGUUCUUUGCCUUGAUAAAGAGGACAAAGGAUGUUCGCGAUCGGUUGUAUAAGAACACAGAUAACAAGAAGAUUGAUGGAGAAAGGGAAAACAGUAUUUGGAACCCAAAGUUUCAAGCAGAAGAUUUCAUUGAUUGUGGAGAAAUAAUGCCAAAAAGUAGUAAAAUUUCAGAUCCUCAUCAUCAUGUUCAUGAUCAUGCAGGUCCUUCACACCAAGAACUCAUAGUAAAGAAUGAAGAUUUGCAAGAUGCAACACAAUUGGUGCCAGCUGAGGAAGAUAAUAAUGAAAAGAAAGACAAAACAAGUGAACAUUUAGACUUAAAUCUUUCUUUAUGA